GCAGAUUGAUGGUGCAGGUGUGCAAUCGGCUUUCUAUGCUUGUCAUUUUCUGUUUAGUUGCUACUUGCCUGUCCUAUUGCUGUGUGGAGACGGGGAGGGAGCAGCGUUACUAAGGCCAGUCUUGUGUCAGGUAUAAGGGAAUAACAGUAUGGUGCCGUAACGGUGGUUUGUUUACCUAGCGAAGGAAAUGACUUCGAAGAAAGAACAACUGUUAUCUACAUUUACUUGUACAAAACCUACUCUGCUAUUUUUAAUUUUUUACUUUUACUCUGGGCUUGGCAUGUAAAUAGUCUAUGUACUGAUGUGCCAUUGUUACAAAUGGAAAGGGAGUUUCACUUUGGGAACGUGAGCAUAUCCCUAGUGCUCAUGUUGUUUUUGAGGGCUCUGACUGGGACGUCUCCAACUCUAAGCUUUACCUCCGGGAGAGAGCCUCAAACCGCAGCCGCUCUGGGGUCACACAGAGCCGGGGAAGAUGGAAACGAAGGGGUGUUGGUGGAACGGGGCUUGGAAAGUAUCGGCGGUCCUCUUCCGGGUGUUAUCGGAGACGUGACCGUGGAGGAUCAUGAUGAUGAGAGCGGGGCGACCGGGAACGGAGAGGAGUCGUACGGAGAAAGUGACGGAAACAUCAGACCGAAACGCUCUCUGGUGAUCAUCAGUACUCUGGACGGUCGUAUCUCAGCUCUAGACCCCUACAACCAGGGACGCAAACAGUGGGACCUAGACGUAGGGUCAGGAUGUCUGGUCUCAUCCAGCCUCAGCAAACCAGAGGUGUUUGGUAAUAAGAUGUUCAUCCCAUCAUUGGACGGAGAGUUGUUCCAGUGGAAUAGAGACAGAGAGAGCAUGGAAGCUGUUCCCUUCAGUGUCGAGUCUCUCCUGGAGUCGUCCUUUCGCAUCGGGGAAGACACGGUCCUGGUGGGGGGAAAGAGUCUCACGAGCUACGGUCUGGGAGCCUACAGCGGCAAGCUGAGGUAUAUCUGCUCAGCAGUUGGCUGUAGCCGCUGGGGGGAGGAGGAAACAGAGCCUGAGGAUGUGUUGUUGCUGCAGAGAACCCAGAAGACCGUCAGGGCCGUGCGACCACGCUCUGGCUUGGAGAAGUGGAACUUCAGCGUGGGGAGCUUUGAGCUGAGGUUUGUUCCCGACAAACAGCUGACCAGCAACUUCCUGGAGGGAGAGAUGGCGAGCGGCGAGGCCAUGUGGAAGGAGGAGCAGAGGAGCAGCGGGCAGAAGGUUAUCAUGGAGGAGACCACAGACAACCACAGACACACAACCACAGACACGCACACUGACACACCUGGGUCUGGGACACCAGACCUAGUCAUCAAGGUGUCUGUUCCUGACUGGAAGGUGAUGGCCUUCAGCGCCCAGCCUGGAGGAAAGCUGGUCUGGGAACAGCAGUUCUGCACGCCCAUAGCCUCUGCCUGGUUGGUUGGAGGGGGGAAGGUAACGCCCAUCAGCCUGUUUGAUGACACGCCCUACAGCAGUCGUCCUGACGCGGAGGAGCAGGAGGAGGAGGACGAGGACAUUAUGGAGGCGGCUCGGGGAGCUACUGAGUCCAGCGUAUACCUGGGUAUGUAUCAGGGCCAGCUGUACCUGCAGUCGUCCGUCAAGAUCUCAGAAAGGUUCCCAUCUAAAGCCCUAAACGGGCCCGGUCCGGACCCGGACACCGUCCCUACCAUCAGAUGGAAACCUCUCAUACAUUCUCCAUCUCGGACUCCUGUUCUGGUUGGUUCUGAUGAGUUUGACAAAUGUUUGAACAACGACAAGUUCUCUCAUGAAGAAUACAGCAACGGUGCUCUGUCAGUCCUACAGUACCCGUAUGACAACGGGUACUACUACCAAUACAGUAAGCGUUACCGUGGGCGACGCGGCGUGGCGGAGGUGUCUCUGCUGAAGGGUGGUGGUGCACCGGGGGAGAGGAGGAGGAAGGAUCCGGUCCUGUUACUGCCCUGGUGGAAAGAGAUUCUAGGGACCAUGGUGUUCUGUAUCGCUGCUACCACCUAUAUAGUCAGGAAGUUCUUCCAGCCCCCCGCCCCGGUGGAGUACAUACGGCAACGCAAGGAGUCGGAGACUCAGUGUCAGACAGACAGCAAGUAUGACCUUGAGGUGGCCGAACCCAAAGAGACGGUUGUCAUGGAGACCCGCCCCAGUGAAUAUGUAUCCAGGUACCUGACAGACUUUGAGCCGGUACAGUGUCUGGGUCGAGGAGGGUUUGGUGUCGUGUUUGAGGCUCGGAACCAGGUGGACGACUGCAACUAUGCUAUCAAGAGGAUCCGCCUUCCUAACAGAGAGCUGGCUAGGGAGAAGGUGAUGAGAGAGGUGAAGGCUCUGGCCAAGCUGGAACACCCAGGGAUCAUCCGUUACUUUAACGCCUGGCAGGAGAGCCCUCCAGAAGGCUGGCAGGAGGGACAGGACCAGCGCUGGCUGGAGGAGAGCACUACCGACUGGCCACUGAGCUCCCCCGACCACAUGGAGGUGCUGUCUGUCAAAGUGCCCAUCUCGUCUGUCUCCAGCCCUGUGAGUUCUGCGUCUGGGCUGGGCGGGGCCUUCAUGACUGACCACGACCAAUCCAUGAUCUCCAGAUCCACAGGUGGGGCCAUGGGAUUUGGCUGUGGGGCUAUGGACUUCAGAGUUGGGACUGACAUCCCCUUCCCCCUGCUGAUUGGUCAGGACAGUAUGAUGUCAGAGCUGGAUAGCCAACCAGACGCAGAGGCCUCGACUUCAGACACUCCCCACUCCUUUGAGCUAUGCCCCCCCCGCGGCCCCAGCGACUGCACCUCGUCCUCCUUUGACAUCGUGUUCGAGGACUCGGGCUGCGACCGUGACGCCGACCCUGACCCUGAGGUCAUGAUCCCCUCAGAAGCCUCCGGAUUGGCCAGUACCCCACUCACUGAGAAGGCUAGCUCCUCCUCCUCCCACACCAGAAGAACCGACCCUUUCCCCGUACCCGUCCCACCCUCCUCCCCCUCCAUCCCUCCCUCCUCCUCUCCUCCACGCCCCACCUCGCUCUCCCUCUGCCUGGCCCCAAGCCCCUCCCGGACCCCCCCAACUCUGCGGCCCCAACCCUCUCCUAAAGUCUACCUGUACAUUCAGAUGCAGCUGUGUCGUAAAGACACCUUGAAGGAUUGGAUGUCUCAGAGAUGUUUGCCUGAACACAGGGAACAUUCUCAGUGUCUGGGCAUAUUUCUGCAGAUCUCUGAAGCCGUUCACUUCCUCCACAGCAAGGGCCUGAUGCACAGAGACCUCAAGCCCUCCAAUAUCUUCUUCACAGUAGAUGAUGUGGUGAAGGUUGGAGACUUUGGUCUGGUGACAGCCAUGGACCAGGAAGAGGAUGAGGAUGAUUCAGGACCCCUAACUCCCAUGCCCAGCUACGCCCGUCACACUGGACAAGUCGGCACCAAACUAUACAUGAGCCCAGAGCAGUUGUCUGGUGACUUGUACUCUCACAAAGUGGAUAUCUACUCUCUGGGUCUGAUCCUGUUUGAGCUGCUCUGUCCUUUCAGGACACAGAUGGAGAGGGUCAGGACUCUGACUGAAGUCCGAGGGCUGCAGUUUCCUGCUGUCUUCUCCAAGAACAACGUCCAGGAGCUGGGCAUGGUCCGUAGCAUGUUGUCCCUUAACCCGGCGGAGCGUCCUGAGGCUGCUGACAUCACGGAGGAGCCUCUGUUUCAGGAACUGGAAGUUCCGUGUCGCCUGGCGGUCCGACAACGAUCCCGGACAUACAGCGCCUCGUCAGCCGGAUGGCCUGCACGCACCUCUAUAGCCUCUUCCUGAACACACACACACACACACGAACGCAACACACACACACACGCAACACACACACACACAACACACACACACACAACACACACGCAACACACACACACACACGCGCAACACGCACACACACACACAUGCCAGUCACCCCUGUUCCCCCAUUCUCAGUCUAAUGCCAGACAGAACCUCCUCCCUCUGACACACCACCAAAGAGACCUUGUUGGACAUCUCUCUCACAUCGUUCCUACAGUAACCCUACUACAGUAACCGUACUCUCACACAGUGUUUGUUCAUUCAAUCUUUCCCUCCUGCUGAGCCCUGUACCUUAUCAACCAUAUCUAGAUGACACCUUGUUCUAACAUGAACUGUCCUUAACUACUGGUAACUAGUACUGACAACUAGUACUGAACUAGUACUGACAACUAGUACUGAACUAGUACUGAGAACUGGAGGCUGAGACAGACAUGCCUGACUUUGGUGAAAAACCUUUUCCUGCUAGUUCUGUUUAAGAUGAUUUAAAUGUAUUGCUUUAGGCCUUAGGAGGUUUGUGAGGCGUUAACUGCCUUUGUGUUGGUGAAUGCAUCAGAUAUCUGACCUGCCUUGGACCAGGAGACCUGCCCUCCACUAGAAUGAAUUAAUGAAUGGUGCUGGGGAAUGUUUCUACAGCAUGAUGGGGAUCACAGGGCUAAGAAUUCCUCAAGCUAUCUUCUUUUUUUGUUGUUGUAAAUGUACAAAGUCAACUCUGUUUAAGUUGCUAGCCAGAGCAGGACAAUGAUUUUCCAAAAAUGUUCUCCCUGCCAAUUUUGUAAAUAAGUAAACAAAAAAAAUUCUAAUGAUUGUAUGUUGUUAAAAGAUGCGGUGUGGUCACACCUGUGUAUAUAUACUGACUGUAAUACGGUUCCAUUGCUUUGUAAAUGGCACUGACAGAAUGAAGCAUUAUGAUAUCUGAUGAAGGGAGAGAGAGGAGAGCUGCACUUGAUCGCUAGCUGAAUGUGAUCUGGUCUCUUAAGCCCGGAGGAUACUGUGUCAUAGACAUGGUUCUUUCUAUCUAAGAAAUAGAAGGGAGAGUGGAUGUAUUUCUAAGUUAACUGUCACCUAGGGGCCAGAUUCAGUCCGAUCACGUUUGGUCCUCUCUGCACGUUUUAAAGGCAGUAGUCCCAUGUUUGCGUAGACCACAUUCACGUGUUUUAUUUAACCAGGUCGGCCAGUUGAGAACAGGUUCUCAUUUACAUGUUGUCAUCUCAUGUUGGCUUGAUUAGAACUUGCCUUUAAAUGUCAAUUGCUCUAUAAGUUGGCUCUUCCUCAGUCUGUAUUUCAUUUAGGCCCUGAACAAGAAUGAACUGAAGGAGGACCACCCAAUAACAUGUUGGACCUUUCAUUAUGUGAUAAACACCAUGUUUUCUCCUCUGGACAGGAGAGCAGUGCUUUAGAAAAGUCUGAUCAAGUCCUUGUUACUCUUAUCACUGAUAAUUGUAAUGUACUAUAAUUAUUGUUUUUAUCAAUUGUACUUUUUCUAAUGAUUUUUGAAAGGCUUUUUUCAUAUAAUCCUGCAGGCUUUUUGAUUACUGUAAAGUUUUUGACUGGAGAAGCUGAUAAAUUUACAGCAGAGAUCUGGUUCUGUUGAGUAGAGAUGAGUCUUCUGUUGAGGAGAGAUGAGAGUCUGCUGAGGUAGAGCUGGUUCUGUUGAGUAGAGAUGAGAGAGGAGAGUCUGAGGUAGAGCUGGUUCUGUUGAGUAGAGAUGAGAGUCUUCUGUUGAGUAGAGAUGAGAGAGGAGAGUCUGAGGUAGAGCUGGUUCUGUUGAGUAGAGAUGAGAGUCUUCUGUUGAGUAGAGAUGAGAGAGGAGAGUCUGAGGUAGAGCUGGUUCUGUUGAGUAGAGAUGAGUCUUCUGUUGAGUAGAGAUGAGAGAGGAGAGUCUGAGGUAGAGCUGGUUCUGUUGAGUAGAGAUGAGUCUUCUGUUGAGUAGAGAUGAGAGAGGAGAGUCUGAGGUAGAGCUGGUUCUGUUGAGUAGAGAUGAGAGAGGAGAGUCUGCUGAGGUAGAGCUGGUUCUGUUGAGUAGAGAUGAGAGAGGAGAGUCUGCUGAGGUAGAGCUGGUUCUGUUGAGUAGAGAUGAGAGAGGAGAGUCUACUGAGGUUUGGUCAAAAAUAAAAUCACUUAUUUUUGAUUUUUUUUAUAACCCAAACUGGGUUGAACCAAAUGGAACCAAUAAGGCUGAAACAACAGGGAGGGACCUCGCUGAACUUGUCCAAUAAAAAAAAACUCUGGUUUUCCAUUGCAAAAUGUUUUGCUACGGAGUGCACUAAUGAAUAUACCCCUGGUUUAAAUGAUCAGACUAGAUCUUACAGUUGAUAACCUUUGACCUACUGUAUCCGAGUCCCAGCAAAGAGGGUUGUUUUAUUUGUAUUCAUGUUUUAUGGACUAUUAUGAAGGAAUUAUCGUUCUGACUUUGCCUUCAAACUCUGACAACAACUGCAGCAAGUACCUAAAUUGUAUUUCUGUCUGUCUGCAAUCAAGAGUAUCUUAAGACCUUUAGAUAAUACUGUCAUCUCUGCUUUUAGUUCUAGAAGUAGUGUUAUAAAUGACAAAUAUAGUUGAAUUAGUUUAUAAGAUAGUUAUCUAACGGAUAUUACGUUUUUCUGUCUCUUCCUCCCUCCUCCUCCCUCCUUCUCUUCUUCUCUCUUCUUUCCCUGGAUGUCUGGUUCUGCACCUCUGACCUCUCCCUUGACCCCUAACCUUUGACCUGUAGUUAAAUCUAUCUGAUCUGGUAAUGAUGUAAAUAUGUUUAUUUUGGUUUAUUUAUGUUUAAUGCCGAAAUCAAUCAGUUUUGGGUUGGUGGUACAUAUAUAUAUAUAUAUAUGAACAAUGCACUUCGUCCCAUGAAGUGCAUUGAAAUAUGGUGACUUCUUCCAAGUCUUACAUUUAAUAAACACUUCUAUUACAUUUGUAAA